AUGGCAUGGGCUAAUCAGAGUUUCACCUCUGAUUUCAUCCUUCUGGGUAUCUUCAAUCACAGCCCUACUCACAUUUUCCUCUUCUCUUUGGUCUUGGGCAUCUUCAUAGUGGCCUUCAGGGGAAACACUUCUAUGAUUCUCCUCAUCUACAUGGACACCCAGCUCCACACUCCCAUGUAUUUCCUCCUUAGCCAACUGUCCCUCAUGGACCUCAUGCUCAUCUGCACGACUGUACCCAAGAUGGCCUUCAACUACUUGUCUGGCAGCAAGUCCAUUUCUGUGGCAGGUUGUGCCACGCAAAUUUUCUUCUAUACAUCACUACUUGGCUGUGAAUGUUUCCUGUUGGCAGUCAUGGCUUAUGACCACUAUAUUGCCAUUUGCCACCCUCUAAGAUAUCCCAGUCUUAUGAGUCCCAAAAUUUGUGGUCUAAUGGCUGCAUCUUCCUGGAUCCUGGGCUCUACUGAUGGUGUAAUUGAUGAUGUAGUUACAUUUUUCUUCUCCUAUUGUGGGUCCCGGGAAAUAGCCCACUUCUGUGAUUUUCCUUCCCUGCUAAUCAUCUCAUGCAAUGACACAUCAACAUUUGAAGAAGUUCUUUCCUACUGCUGUAUAAUAAUGAUUGUUUUCCCUGUAGCAAUCAUCAUUGCUUCCUACACCUGUGUUAUUCUGGCUGUCAUUCAAAUGGGGUCUGGAGACGGUCGCCGAAAAGCUUUUGCCACCUGUUCCUCUCACCUCAUGGUGGUGAGAAUGUACUAUGGAGCAGCUUUAUUCAUGUACAUGCAGUCCAGUUCAGAUCCCCCCACCCAGGACAAAAUGGUGUCUGUCUUUUAUACCAUCCUUACUCCCAUGCUGAAUCCCCUCAUCUAUAGCCUCCGCAACAAGGAAGUGGCAAGAGCAUUCAUGAAGGUAGUGGGGAAGGGCAAGUCUGGACAAUAA